ACUCCACUGAUCAGAGACAUGACACAGCCCAAUCAGUCCCUUCACACUCCAUUGUCUAUAUCCUUCAUCCCUGCACUGCAGUACAAUACAGGAUGGACAGUCUUACCUAAGGCAACUGCCACAAACAUUGAGAAGGCACUGGUAGAAGCGAAGUUGCUGGGGGUGGUCAGGGAAACCCUGGAGAUAGCAUCUAGUGCCCCAGUGAGAAUUGUUGUCACUGGGGACUCUGGCAAUGGCAUGUCUUCCUUCAUCAAUGCACUGAGGGGAAUUGGGCAUGAAGAGGAGGACUCAGCUCCCACUGGGGUGGUGGGGACCACCCAGAUUCCCACUUGCUACUUUUCCCCCCACUUUUCCAAUGUGGAGUUGUGGGACCUACCUGGACUAGGGGCAGCUACCCAAACUCUGGGGAACUAUCUAGCAGAGAUGCAGUUUAGUCUGUAUGACCUCUUCAUCAUCAUUGCGUCGGAACAGUUCAGCAUGAAUCUCAUGAAGCUUGCCAAAGCCAUCCAGGGACAGGGAAAGAAGUCCUACAUUGUCUGGACCAAGCUGGACAGGGACAUCAGCACACGUACCCUCUCUGAAAAACGACUCCUGCAGAAUAUCCAUCAUGAAGAGAAUAUUUGGGAAACUCUCCAAAAGGAGAGAGUGCACAAACCCAUCAUAUUCCUGGUCUCCAGCUUUGACCCUUUAUUGAAUGACUUCCCAGAGCUUAGGGAGACCUUGCACAGGGACAUCUCUGAUAUCAGGUACCAUUGUCCUCUAGAGAAAUUGUUUGACACCUGUGAGAAGGUCAUUAAUGACAAGGUGACCUCUUUGCAGGGGCAAAUAGCUUCAAAUUCUUUCCAGGACUUCCUUGGCAUCCAGAAUACAGAUGAUCUGGCAGAGUGUCUGAUGGCCUACCACUUGUUUUUUGGUGUGGAUGAUGAGUCUCUCCAGCAGGUGGCCCAGAGUAUGGGGAAACCUAUGGAGGAGUACAGGGCUAUUAUGAAGUCUCAGGAUCUGCACACUGUCCUCACUGGGGACAGGGUAUUAUCUUUCAUGAAUUGUAAUACAGCCUCUUACUUAUAUUCAAUUCUGAGACACAUCCCAUUCUUAGGUGAUAAUGUUCUCAACUACCUGAGAGUGUGGAAACACAGACACUUCCUUGAAAUAGUUGCCAAGGACACCAGGACCAUCAUGAAGAAAAUCCUCACAGACUCCAUCAUCUGAAGAGCUGUGGUUUCUUCUCGAGGGAAGUCAGGACA